AUGGCGGGUCAAAGCUCGAAAAAACCCAAUGCAGAUUUCAAUUUGAAGGCGAUCUCUCCAAGUAUCGGUGCCAGGACUGCCACAAGCCAUGUUGGUAUCACAAGUGCCACUGACCUCGUUGAAACUACUCUUUUCUUGUACGUGAGGAUUGUGAGGGCUGAGGACUUGCCAGGAAUUAGAGGUCCUAACACUUGUGAUCCUUACGUGGAGGUGAAAGUUGGAGGCCUAAAAAUGACCACCACGUGCUUCAGCAGGAACUCAAACCCAGAAUGGAAUCAAGUCUUUGCUUUAGAAAAAGCUCGUAUUCAAGAGCCAACUCUUGAAAUUUUGGUGAAGGAUAAGAUUCCAAAGUUUGGUGAGAUUCUGGGUCGGUUAUCUUUUGCUAUUUCUGAAAUUCCUACACGGGUUCCAACUGAUAGUUCACUAGCAUCUCAGUGGUAUUGGCUAGAAGAUCAAAAAGGAAUCAGUUUAGGAAAAUUAAUGCUCUCAAAUUGGAUAGGAACUCAGGCUGAUGAGGCUUUUCCUGAAGCGAGGCAUUUAGAAUCAGCAAUAGUUAACACAUACAACGUUCUUAAUACUCGUUCACAGAUAUAUCUCUCGCCUAGGAUUUGGUGUCUUAGAAUUAAUUUGAUCCAAGCCCAGGACCUGGUAGAUGAAGAUAGAGUUGGUGACUCCCAGAUUUUUGUUCAAGCUGCCUUGGGGAGUUUGACUUCCAGAAGCAAGUUAGUGAAUAACAAUAAAGGGAACCCAAAAUGGAAUGAGGAAAUGUUCUUUGCUGUGCUAGAACCAUUUGAUCAACAGUUGUUUUUAAGUGUAGAGCAGGGAACGAUGAACAACCAUAGAAGCAUAGGGAAGUGUAAAGUUCCUGUCAAGAAUGCUGAUAAGAGAUUAGAUGGUGCAACUCCAGCUGCUAAAUGGUAUAAUCUUGAGAGACCCAAUAUCACUGAGGUUGAAAAUAAUGCAAGAGCUAUUAGUAGGCUUAAUAUGAGACUCUCUUUGGAUGGUGGGUAUCAUAUAUUUGAUGAGGACCCAUGUUUCAGCAGUGAUCUGAAUCCAACAAUCCGGAGGUUGUGGAGAUCCAGCGUUGGAAUUUUUGAAUUGGGAAUCUUGAAUGCUUCUGGCUUGCCGGCGAUGAAGAUAGGAAGUCGUACUGAUGCUUAUUGUGUGGCUAAAUAUGGUCCCAAAUGGGUUCGGACAAGAACAGUUAUUGAUAAUCUUAAUCCAAAGUGGAAUGAACAGUACACUUGGGAUGUCUAUGACCCAUGCACAUCAAUCACAAUCGCUGUGUUUGAUAAUGGCUAUUUACAUGAAGUACAAGGAGAUCACAGAGGAAUAGAUGCAAGAAUAGGGAAGGUGAGAAUCAAUCUAUCAGAAAUGAUAACCAAUAGGAUUUACACAUAUUCUUUCCCACUUGCAGAACUGCAACCUUCAGGAUUGAAGAAGAUGGGUGAAAUUCAAUUAGCCUUCAGGUUUUGCUGUCCAGAUAUGGCCAAUCUCUUGAAAAUCUACCUAAUACCUAAGCUUCCUAGGCUGCAUUUUUCUAACCCCUUGUCUCGGACUCAGUUAAGUGGUUUGAGGAAACAAACCAUUAUGCUUCUCUCUUCAAGGAUGAGCAAGACAGAACCUGCAUGGAGAAGAGAGGUUGUGUCGUAUAUGCUAGAUUCUAAUGAAAGCCUGUGGAGCAUGCGCAGAGGAAGAGCUGAUUUUGAUAGGAUCAAAGCUGUUAUGAGUGGAUUCGUCGCCUUGCACGCUCAAUAUGAUAAGAUUUGCCAGUGGAAGAAUCCUACUUCAUCACUCAUAGUUUGCCUGAUUAUUUUUGUUCUGAUCCUUGAACCUCAAAUUUUGCUACCUGGUAUUUUGUUCUGCCUUAUGCUGGAUAUCAUCUUGCAGUAUCCAAAGAGGCCAGGUCUCCUAUCACAUGUGGAUUUGCAGUUGUCGCAUGUUAAUGCAGCAAGUGUGGAUGAAUUGGAAGAGGAGUUCGAUCCAGUUCCAUCCAAAUUUGAAGACAGAAUCAUAAGAUACAGAUACGAUCGGUUAAGAAUAAUCCUCGGGAGGCUUGCAGCAGAAAUGGGUAAAUUGGCGACUAGAAUAGAAAAAUUGCAAUCCUUUCUGACUUGGCAGGAUCCAACAGCUACAUUUCUGUUCAUGAUUUUGUGUCUGAUUGGGGGGAUAGUGACUUUGUUCAUUCCUUUCCAACUUGUUAUAAGCAUUUGUGUCCUUUAUUUGCUGAGGCAUCCAAGAUUCCGUUCACCGAUUCCUGCAUUAUUUGAGAACUGGGUAAGCAGGAUGCCUUCAAAGUUAGAUAGCAUGAUAUAA